AUGCUUGUCAAGGCCAAUCGCCAUGUCCAUAUUACCAUUCGCGCGUCAUUCGUCUCCGAAUAUACAGCGGUCGGACUCGUCUCUGUUGUGGUUGGUUGCGAUUUGGCCACCGACAAAUCCUCAUAUGCGUCCUUUUGUUAUGCUGACGUUGCUCCGCUCUCAUCGGCCUCGAUACUACAGAUCGUUCCAUACUGCUCCGCGUUCCUGUUCGGUGCAUUAUCGUUUGUGCGCCUCGACUCGGCUUUCCAUUGA